AGUACACGAAGAACUCUCGAUAAAGUGGGACGUGGGACGUCACUACUUGAUUAUAUAUACAUUUUUCGCGCGCUUUUUUUAUCACGUGAAUAGUUUAAGUUCGUAAAGAAUUCGCCUCAAAUAAAUACGUAUAACACAGAACUAACAAUGCCCAGUGUGUGCUAGUCAAUAUAUAGUGAGACUGAUGUGUUUAUAUAGAAGAAAAGUUAUUUUUGAAUAAAACAAGCCAAUAUGAGGAACGGCAAGCGCCCUAGCAUAGAUGAAGAAAAAGAGGAGUUGAAUCCCGAAAAAAAAGGAUGGGCACGCGCGCGUCCUAGCCAACAGUUCAACGUCGUGCGACGCGUCUACCAACAGGACGCGUUGAACGAAGACGCUGACUACCACGAGCCCGUCCGACCUUGGAAAUACCACGUAAGGAAAUGCCUCCGAGACUGCGGCAUUGCAAAAUGUAUCUCCGGCGGUCUUCCGAUCCUGGAAUGGCUCCCGCAAUACAAAAUCAAGGAGUACUUCGUUGGGGACUUGACCGCUGGAGCGACUACUGCUGUCAUGCAUAUACCUCAGGGAAUGGCAUACGCGAUGUUAGCCGAGGUGGCCCCAGUAGCGGGUCUGUACAUGGCGUUCUUCCCGGUUCUAAUCUACGUAUUUGGGACCUCACCACACAUCUCACUAGGGACGUUCGCCGUGGCCUGUCUUAUGUCAGGGAAGGUUGUACAUACGUACGCAAAGAUGCCAGAUAUAGAUAAUAUUAGCAAUAUAACGAAUGUAUCUCAUAUAGCUGCGGACGUUGUUACCAGUCCAGCAAACGGAUCUAUGGAGUACACGCCAGAACAAGUGCUCAGUAUAUUAUGUUUAACUGUCGGCAUUAUGCAGACAUGCAUGUGGAUAUUCCGGCUCGGCAUGGUAUCAACUCUACUCUCCGAGCCGCUGGUAUCGGGGUUCACAACCGGCGCCGCGUUCAUCGUGAUCUCUUCCCAGCUGAAGGAUCUCUUCGGGAUCAGGAUACCUAAACUGUCGGGGAACCAUAAAGUUGUACUUACAGUGAUCGAGGUGUCGAAAGCGCUCCCCACCACAAACCUGGCGGCGCUUACCAUGUCCUUCUGCGUGUGUCUCAUCAUCACCUUGAACAACGAACUUCUGAAGCCUUGGGUAUCCAAACGCUGCCGAGUGCCAGUCCCUAUUGAGCUGCUGGCCAUAGUUAUCGGGACUCUGGUCACCAAAUACGGGCACUUGAAGGAGACCUUCGGGAUUAAACUCGUCGGGAGGAUACCUACAGGGUUCCCGACGCCGUUCGUACCGCCGCUAGAGCUCAUGCCGACAGUGGCAGUGGACUCCAUCACUAUAACCAUGGUCACCUACACCAUAUCCAUGUCCAUGGCGCUUAUAUUCGCGGCCAGGGACAAGUACGACGUGGACUCCAACCAGGAGUUGCUGGCGCUGGGAGCCAGCAAUAUAAUGGGUUCAUUCUUCCACUGCGCGCCGAUCUGCGCGAGUCUCUCAAGGUCCUACAUCCAAUAUCAGGCCGGCGCCAAAACCAAUCUAACCCAAGUAGUGAGCGCGCUGCUGAUAUUGUGCGUCCUGCUCUUCCUGGGACCGUUCUUCGAGAACCUACCCCGCUGUGUACUCGCCUCCAUCAUUGUUGUGUCUUUGAAGGGACUGUUAAUGCAAGUUUUAGACCUUAAGAGGUUCUGUUACCUGAGUAAGUUGGACGCGGCAGUCUGGCUCAUCACCUUCCUUAUGACCACACUCAUCAACAUUGAUUACGGGUUAGUGGCAGGCUUACUAGCCAGUGUGGGGGCGCUGUUCAUCCGCUCGCAGAAACCCUACACGUGUCUGCUGGGGCGAGUUCUAGAAACAGACCUGUAUCUGGACAUCAAGCGAUACCGAGCCGCCGAAGAGCUGCCAGGCAUCAAGAUAUUCCACUACUGCGGGGGCCUAAACUUCGCCACCAAGAACCUGUUUAGAGAGACCCUCUUCCGCAAAGUCGGAUACAUGAAGCCCAUCGAGAUAUUACCUGAUGACCAGUACAGCAACAACGAGGCAAUGACCAAAAGCGAGAGCUAUGUGUGGGACCCUACUUUCGGGAAAAAGUAAGUCCAGUGCGUUAUAAUAGACGCGUCGGCACUCUCGUAUGUGGACGCGCCGGGGGUGAAGAUGCUCGUGGUGGUGACGAACGAGUUGGAAACUAACAACAUUCAUGUUUUGCUCGCGGGAGCUAAUGGGCCCAUGUUAGAAAUGAUCCACCGCUACAACAAACUGGAGACCAACAACCAGCUGCAAAUAGAAGUCUUCCCAACCGUACACGAUGCCGUCGUCUAUUAUAAAGUGCUCGAGGCCAGAAGGGUUGAGAACGCUGUUCCUCUCACCAUCAAUGCGUGACCUUGACUCGAGUAGUAAAGAACACCGUUCCUGUUACGAUCAAUGCGUGAUCUUGACGCGAGAAGUUGAAGAACACCGUUCCUGUUAUUAUUAAUGCGUGAUCGUGACCUUGAGACGAGCGGAUGUAGUACUAAAGAACGCCGUUCCUGUUGCUAUCAUUGUCUGACCUUGGCGCGAGUAGUAGAGGUAAAGAACGCCGUUCCUGUUACAAUCAAUGCGUGAUCGUGACAUUGACGCGAGUAGAGGUGUCAAACUCGGUACUACACUAGUCACUAAGUGACGAUCAGUGAUUUCCUUUACUAACACAAGUUACUACAAAGUG